CCCAGCCUCUAACUGUCCAAGUUUGUGGCUAUCUAGCAUGGCUUCAUACGUCAGAUCCCACGGGACUGUAAACGCUCUUCCCGCCCUCUGUUGCUAAGGGGAACUGUAUCAUUCCCGGCCAGCUGCGCUGCGCAUGCUCGGCCGCACAGCUCGGCGGGAAAAGGGGCGGGGUCUACCUGACUGUUUCGCGUCAGAGUUAAGUUCCUUAGAGAAGCGUCCUGCGGCGAUCCUCACUGAGGGGAAUUAGUAAGCCUCCUUAAGUGGCUGUGUUGUCGGUCUUUAUUCCCGCGCCUUACCAGAAAGGGGCUGAGAGUUUCGUCUGUCAGAGGGAGGAAGAAGCGUCGGGUCGGGCCGGAGUCCUAAAGAUGGUUCCUUGCGUGCGGCUUCCGCCAUGAACCUGGAUACUAUUCCCCAAGAAGAAAUUCAUUAGUUUGGAACUAGUGGAUUCCUUUGCAUCAGAUACUAAGAUGAAAGAAUCACCGAUAGAUAGCGAAUGUGACAAAGCAGUGGCACCACAACUGGGGCAGCUGGAUGAAAUUAAGACAGAACCUGACAAUGCACAGGAGUAUUGUCAAGCCCAGCAGCCCAAAACUCAGGAGAAUGAACUGAAAAUAAAUACUACAUUUUCAGACAGUGCUCCACAGUUGACUACAAGCAUUCAGCUUUCUCUGACAUCAUCUGGCAUGAAUAAAAUGCUUCCUUCAGUUUCAACCACAGCUAUUCAGGUUUCCUGUUCUGGUUGUAAAAAAAUUCUUCAGAAGGGGCAAACUGCUUAUCAGAGGAAGGGGUCCACUCAGCUCUUCUGCUCCACGUUUUGUAUCACCGAAUACAUUUCAUCUGCCAAUUCACCAGCUCUUCCCAAGAAAACUUGUUCAAACUGCUCAAAAGACAUUUUAAAUCUAAAGGAUGUGAUCAGCGUCCAGCUGGAUGACUCUAGCAAAAAUUUUUGCAGCCAGUCUUGUCUUUCAUCAUAUGAAGAAAAAAGAAAAGCAUUUGUUGCCAUAUGUACUAAUAACAUUUUAACCAAGUGCAGCAUGUGUCAGAAGACUACUGUUAUUCAGUAUGAAGUAAAAUAUCAGAAUGUGAAACACUGUCUUUGUAGUAAUGCCUGUUCUUCACUCUCACUUGAACAGCCUCCUGUGAUCUGUUGUGAGAACUGCAGGGCUUACGAUCACACGUCUAGUCUGUUGCAUAUACUUCCAAUGAAAGGCCAGUCCCAUUACUUUAUUAGUUCAAAGAGUAUGACAGCAUAUAAGCAGAAACCAGCCAAAACACUUACAUCUGUUCUUUGCAAAUCAUUGAAGCCCUCAGAUGAAAUGAUUGAGACCACCAAUGACUUGGGGAAGACAGACCUUUUCUGUUCUAUUAAUUGUUUCUCUGCUUACAAUAAAGCUAAGAUGGAAUCUUCUACAGUAAAUGUUUCCAUGGUACAUGAUGCUUCAACGGGGCUCUUUUCUCCAAAGAAAGAUACAACUCCAAUUAUAAGCAAUAUAGUGUCACUGGCAGAUACUCAUGUCUCCCUACCCAUCAUGAACUCUGAUGUCUCACAAGAUACAGUUUCUUCAGUAACAGCAAAUGUCAUUGUAGAUAGUUUACCCAGUGAAUCAAGUACUGGUGUUGCUAAUAAUAGUGUUGAACAGCCAAGCCUUUCACCAUCUUCAUCAAUAUCCAGUCAGAAUGCAGUUGGCUCCAGUGUAGAAGUACAGAAAGAUCAAGUGUCAAACCAAGAUGCUACAUACAGUAUGAAAUCUGUGAAAAUAAGUGAUGGACUAUGUCAUCCAAAAUUUACAUCCAAAGUACUAAAAGUUAAAGAUAAAUCACGAAGUGUUAAGAAAUCUUGGUGUUCAAAUUUCCAGCAUUUGAAAAGCAGUAUUAAAAAGGAUGUGACAUUCUGUUACUCAUGCCAGUUGUUCUGCCAAAAAAAUUUUAGUUGUGGAGGAGAAUCAUUAGCAGCCCAAGGAAUUUCUAAUUGGAAAAAGACUCUGGAAAAAUUCAGAAAGCAUGAAAAAAGUGAAAUGCAUUUGAAGUCAUUGCAGUUUUGGAGGGAAUCCCAGUUUUGUGAUGAAGCUGUCAAUGAUAAUUUAUCUAUCCAUUCAAAACAGAUGGAAGGAAAUAAAAAGUACCUAAAGCUUAUAAUUGAAAAUAUUUUAUUUCUUGGGAAGCAGAGUUUAUCAUUAAGGGGAAAUGAUCAGUCGAUUUCAACUGUGAAUAAAGGCAAUUUUUUAGAAUUGUUAGAAAUCAGAGCAAAAGAUAAAGGAGAGGAAGUAUUCCGACUUCUGAAUUCACAAGUUGAUUUCUAUAAUAGUACACAAAUUCAAAAUGAUAUUAUUGAAAUAAUAAAGACUGAAAUACUGCAAGAUAUUGUGAAUGAAAUCAAUGUCUCCCCAGCUUUUUCAAUAAUAUGUGAUGAGACAACUGAUAGUGCCACUAAAGAACAGCUUUCCAUUUGUGUAAGAUACCCACAAAAAAUGUCAAAGGCUGUCUUAAUAAAAGAAAGAUUCUUGGGUUUCAUAGAUGUUGAAGAGAUGACUGGGACUGACUUACAUAGAACUAUCAAAACUUACCUGCAGCAAAUUGGAGUUGAUUUGAGUAAAAUAUGCGGCCAGGCCUAUGAUAGUACCAUGAAUUUGAGGGGAAAAUUUAAUAAAGUUGCAGCAGAAUUCAAGAAAGAAGAGCCAAGAGCUUUGUACAUACAUUGUUAUGCCCAUUUUUUGGAUUUAGCAGUAAUUAGGUUUUGUAAAGAAGUAAAAGAACUCCGAAUUACUCUAAAUACUCUCAGCUCUUUGUUCAACACUAUUCAUAUGUCUGGGGAAAUGUCUGCACAUUUUCAAAAUAUUUGUAAACUAAGUCAAAACAAAACAUGCAAGAAACAUACAUCACAAUCAUGUUGGACAGCCCAUGAUCGUAUGUUACUAUCAGUGAUCGAGGGUCUUCCAGAGAUUAUUGAAACACUGGAAUUUGUAGCAAGCCAUUCUUCAAAUACAAGUUUGGCUGAUGAAUUGAGUGAUUUGUUAACAUUGGUUUCCAAAUUUGAAUUUAUCUUUUGUUUGAAAUUUCUUUAUCGAGUGUUAAGUGUUACAGGAAUUCUUUCCAAAGAGCUUCAGAGUGAAACCAUAGAUAUUUUUUCAUUGUCUUCAAAAAUAGAAGCAAUUUUGGAAUGUUUAUCAUCUGAAAGAAAUGACGUCUAUUUCAAAACUAUCUGGGAUGGAACAGAGGAAAUAUGUCAAAAAAUAACCAGUAAAAGUUUUGAAGUUGAAAGACCUUCUUUUCAGAAAAGAAGAAAAAUUCAGAAAACAAUAGAUCUUGGCAAUUCAGAUAGUACUUUUUUUCCUACCUCAACAGAAGAACAAUAUAAAAUUAAUAUUUAUUACCAAGGAUUGGACACUAUAUUAAAUAAUUUAAAAUUAUGUUUUUCAGAGUUUGAUUAUUGCAAAAUGAAGCAAAUUUCAGAACUAUUAUUUAAAUGGAAUGAACCGUUAAAUGAAGCAACAGCCAAACAUGUCCAAGAAUUUUAUAAACUUGAUGCAGACAUCAUCCCAGAACUUAGAUUUUAUCGGCAAUAUGCAAAGCUUAACUUUGUCAUAGAUUAUGAUUGUAUCAACUUCAUCAAUCUUGGCUAUUUGUUUAUCCAGCAUGGUCUUCACAAUAAUAUUCCUUGCAUAUCAAAGCUGUUAUAUAUUGCUUUGUCUUGGCCAGUUACUUCAAGUGCCGAAAACUCAUUUUCUACACUGCCUCGUCUUAAAACAUAUUUAUGUCAUACCAUGGGACAAGAGAAGCUUAGUGGCCUAGCCCUAAUGGCUAUUGAGCAGGAAUUGGUAAAUAAACUGAUGGAACCUGAAAGACUCAGUGGGAUUGUGGAAAAGUUUAUCCAUCCAAUGAAAGAGAUGUAACACUUGCUAAUUUGAGUUUUACCUAAAAGAAUUUUGUAUUUCUGCUGGAA